GGAUGAGAGGGUACAAAUGUUGGAUCAGGUACUCAACGGGGUAUGGGGGUUGAGCGAGCCCGGGGGAAGGUAUAGUCGUGCUGUGGCGGCGUUUGAGGUCUGGGCGGAGAAGAUGGCGGGUAUCGUGGCUGCACAAAGGAGUGGGGAUGUGGAUUCGUUGGUUGGGAAGGGGGAGGUGGUUUUCUUGAGCGAGCUAAAUACAAGUUGGAAGGGGGAGUGUUUGGUGUUGUCGCGGAAGUUGGACAAUUGGGGGAAGAUGUUGAAGUUAUUGGGAGAUGGCGGUGCUUUAUCAUCACCACCCUUAGGCGAUCAAAACAAGAACAACGACGGCAACGAUGAGAUGAGGCAGAGAUCUAGUCUAGCAAGGGUCCUGGAAGGAACAGGGAAUCUGGUCUACGAUAUGUUGGCUGAAUUAGCCGUCAUGGAGAGGAUUGAGAAGGAGGCGACCAGGGCGGAAAUCGAGUGGAUUGAAAGGAUGAAUGAGGAGUUGAGGCUUGAUGAUGAUACCCAGGAUAGUCGCCAGGUCCCGCUUUGGAAGUUGGUCGUGUAGGCAAGGAUAGGAAUGCUAUUACCACUGCUACAGAUUGUGAAUAUGAGACGGCUCAAAGAAAGUAUUUGCAAAGGCUUGACGCCUUAGGUGAAGGGGACUUGAGAGAUUGAAGUUACUCAUAAACUUCCUACGAGAAAGAUAUGGCUGGAGGU